GGCAGAGGUAAUCAAAGUCAAUUAAUAAAUUUUAUAUUUAAUUUUUAUCAAACAAUUUCUAAACACAAUAUAAUGUAAUUUAGGAAAUGGCUAAUGUUAUCAGCUUAAAUCUAUCGGUGAAAAGAAUUACAAAAAGACAAACCAAUCGUGCAAAUCCUUUUACAGAUUCUGAUAAUAAUAAAAUAUCAGACAUAAAUGUUGAACAUUAUUAUCGAACUACAAUAUUUAUUCCAUAUUUGGAUUUCUUUAUUGCACAAUUAGAAGAAAGAUUUACUGCACACAAAACAAUUUUUAAAGGAUUUGAGACUAUUUUUUCAAAAAAUCAGUUCUUAAAUGCAAGUGAAAUUGAAUCCUUUAAAAAUCUGGCAGAGUUUUAUUCACCGCAUGUAAAUAAAGACAACAGUUUGGCUGAACUGAAAAUAUGGCGAACAAAGAUAUUGGACAAUUCUGAAGUCAUUAAAACUGGCCUAGAUGCUCUUCAACUCUGCAGUUCCUCUAUUUAUACAAAUUUGAAUAAGUUACUAAAAAUUUUAUGUGUCCUACCCGUUUCAACAUCCACCCCAGAAAGAACGUUUUCAACAUUAAAGAGGGUGAAGACAUACACCAGAAACUCAAUGCUUGAAGACCGUUUGAAUGGAUUAACGUUGUUGGCAGUACAUAAAGAUAUUAGCAUUACUUCAGAUGAAGUCUUGGAUGAAAUGUCUAUGAAGCCAAGAAAACUUGAACUUAUACUUUAG